AAGACGUAGAGCAAGGUCAUGACUCGUAAGCGACAAUGCCAUAUUGUGUAAUACAAUACGCACCACCUGGCAAUACAAUAAUAUUGCGAGGGGUCCAUAUUGCCAAUAUACGUAUUGUUGCACUGAGCGGGAGCAAGGGCAUAUGCAUAUCCUUAGCAGCUACUUUGACCAGUGCCAGGGUUUCAAGUGGACUGAAAUUCAACAGGGAUUGAACCCACAAGCAGUAUUGGGUGAUUGGCAGGGUAUGUAUCUUCA